CUUCCCAUGAUGCAUUGUGGCGAAGCAGCGACGCAUGCGCACUUGUAACUACCGGCUCGACGUCUGAUGAGUAGGAAUACAAAAAUCUAAUGGAAAAUAUUUGGAGCGGAGCGGAGGAAUGAGGGGGGAAAUGAGCGAUGUUUUUUUUUUUUUUUCCCGAGCUAGCAAGAUAAUAGACUAGCCGAUGUCAUUAGCCUCAAGUGACCAGCCGACACCUUUUGCUUAUUUGACUUGAUUAGCAUCUAAAUGUACCUUCUUUCUACUGUAGUCGCCUCAUUGGUCGUCUUUUUUCUCUUAAAAUGGAUGAAAAAAAGACGCUACUGCACCGACCUCAAACGACUGGACGGCAAAACUGUUCUAAUUACCGGCGGGAGCUCCGGCAUCGGCAAGGAGACGGCCGUGGCGUUGGCCACGCGGGGCGCACGUGUGGUGGUCGCCUGCCGCGACGCCGACAAGGCGGAGAAGGCGGUGCGAGAGAUCAAGUUCCGUAGUCGCAGUCUGGCUGUGGUCCGCAUGGAGCUGGACCUGGCCAACCUGCGCUCGGUGCGCGACUUCUGUAAGAGCUUCUUGCAGUGCGAGAGGAGACUCGACAUCUUGAUCAAUAACGCAGCCAUGCCGGGCGUGCUGGACUGGACGGACGACGGUUUCAGCAUGUGCCUGGGCGUCAACCACCUGGGCCACUUCCUGCUCACCAACCUGCUGCUGGGCCGGCUGAAAGAGUGCGCCCCCAGCCGCGUGGUCACGCUCACCUGCUCUAGCUACAAGUACCAGAAACUGGACUUCCAGGACCUCAACUACAACCUGCUGCCCUUCUUCACCUACUGCCGCAGCAAGCUGGCCAACGUGUACUUCAGCCACGAGCUGGGCCGCCUGACGCAAGGGAAGGGUGUCACCUCGUACGCCGUGCACCCCGGCUUCGUGCAGAGCGAGUGGACGUGUCACUACUCGUUCUUAUUCCGGGCUCUGAUGCGGGUCCUCAUGGGGUUGUUCUUCGUGCCCUGCGAGGCAGGCGCUCAGACUGUGGUCUACUGCGCCGUGUCCGACGAGGCGGCCAAUCAGGGAGGCGGAUACUUUGCGGACUGUCGGCUGGCCGUCCUGAGACCGUUUGCCCGUGACGCCGGCGUGGCCAAGAAAUUGUGGGAGGCCAGCGAGAGGCUCGUCAAACUGGCGUGACAAUUUAUUUAUUUUUUUUAAUGUUUUGCCAUGGUUUUAAAAAAGUAUCCUGAGUACAUUGUGUACAAAGUACUGUGAUAUUUCACAGUAUUCAUUGUUUCUUUGAAAAGAAAAUCAAUCAUUUUUGUUAAUGCAAAGUCUGGCUGAGGUUUUUUUUUUUUGGUCAUCCACUGGAGCAAACUCAUCCAUACAUUUUCUGAGCUGUUUAUCCUCACAAGGGUCACAGGAGUGCUGGAGCCUAUCCGAGCUGUCAAUGGGCAGGAGGCGGGGUACACCCUGAACUGGUUGCCAGCCAAUCGCAGGGCACGUGGAGAAAAACAGCCGCACUCGCAAUCACACCUAGAGGCAAUUUAGUGUCCAAUUAAUGUUGCAUGUUUUUGGGAUCUGGGAGGAAACCGGAGUGCCGGCGGGGCCGGGAUCAAACCCUGGACCUCAGAGCUGUGAGGCCAAUGCUCUAACCAGAUGUUCCACCGUGCCGCCCUGGAGCAUUAUUAGAAUUAAUGUAUUUUGCAUUUUGUUUUAUACCAGUAUCUGUAUUUUAUUUGUCUGUCAAUCGAAAUGGGCUGUAAUUACCUGUUGUACAUAGACAUAUAUGUUACAAGUAGUGUAAUAUAUUACAACAUAAAAAUGAAAAUGUGAAAAAAGUGAAAAUUAAAUACAUAUUUUCCAAUAUGUAUAUAUAUAUUGUGUCUUGUGUGUAUAAUUUUAUUGUAGUAUUUGUAAAAAAUAUAUUCCAACACAAU